AUGAGCGCCGCCGUUGAUGUCGAAGCAAGUAUUCCCAUUAAUGCAACGAAGGGAAGUGACGACCAUUUUAUCGUUGGUGGACAAAAUGUUACCAUUCAGGAGUUUCCUUACCAAGCAUAUCUGCUUCUGAAGCGGGGCCGGCAAUUUUUUCAGUGUGGGGGAUCGAUUAUAAGUACGCGUUAUAUAUUGACAGCGGCACAUUGUUUGACUGGCACAACUAAAGUAAUCGCCAGAGUCGGUAGCACGGAUUCAGAUAUUGGUGGUACUCAAUACACUUCACGCGACUUUAAAUCACAUCCUCGCUAUAGGCGUGCAACCUUCGAUUACGACAUAGGAUACAUAAGAUUCGAAGCUAUUCUUAUAGAUGGAGUGAAUACUGCUAUUGUUACACUUGCAGAGAAUGGCGCUCCUAUUCGAUCUGGCACUAUUCUUACUGUAUCUGGCUGGGGAGCAACGGAGGAGGAUGGCAGCGUUUCUGAGAACCUUAUGGCCGUGCAAGUACCAGUCGUGUCAAAUGCGAGGUGCAGGCAAUCGUACAACACGAUCACGCCUAGAAUGAUUUGUGCUGGUGAGCCUGAAGGUGGCAGGGACUCUUGCGGGGGCGACUCGGGAGGUCCUGCUGUAACAAAUGAAAGAGUUCAAUUUGGAAUAGUUUCUAAUGGCAUUGGAUGCGCUCGACCAGGAAUACCUGGAGUUUAUACAAAUGUAGCAAGUCUGCGGGAUUGGAUCAGACGUAAUACAGGCGUUUAG